AUGAGCGAUACAAAGGUCGCUUUUGACGAGCCCCAGGGCACUAUAUCGAUUGAAGUGCCACAGCAUGUACUGCAGAAGAUACGUAACGAGAUUGUAAAGGCUGUCAACAUCCAGAAUGUUCGUGGCAUCUCUCAGUUCUUUGGUCUCGGUGAGGAGAAGCCAUUCAAUGUACCUGCACGUCAAGAAAUAGCCUCACGGUGCCGAAAGAAUGCGCUGUUUUUCAGCGCUAAUUACCUCAUUUCCGCUGCUCUUGUUGGCGUCGUUACGAUCCUGUUAAACCCGUUCUUUCUUUUCGUGCUCAUUUGCCUGAGCGGUUUCUGGAUUUACAUGUCGAGCGCAACAGCAAAUGAGUCACCUGAGAAUCCGACUAAGAUUAUGGGCCGCAUUGUGACGCCUGAACAGCGGAAGCUUGGUAUGCUUGGUGUGAGCGCUGCGGUAGUUGUUGUCUUUGGAGGAUCGAUUUUGUUUACAAUUUGCUCAGCCAGUGGUGCGCUCGCGAUUUCCCACGCUGUUUUACGCGACUGUUCCACCAUUCAUGAGGAAGAUGAACUGGGCUUUCUGUCGGACGCGGCUGACCAGAUUGCAGACACUGUGUAA